AAACCGUCGAAGAAGAACAGUUUCCGGUUAGCUUUAGCGCUUAGCUUGUUCGCUGAAGAACGCUGUAACUUUUAAGUUUGUAAAAGGUUUUCAAGUUAAAAUAAAGACUUUAACAUCUUUAUUGUUCUCAGACGGAGCUCCAGCUUCAGUGUGACCGCAGUCUCUUCUCUUUUCUGCCGGUAAUGAAGUCGUAAAGAGACGACCGGAACCGAUCUCGGGUCUCUGGUGAUGAUGAUGAGGAUCUGCAGAGUCUUCCUCCAACAUGUCAGCCCACCUGCCGCAGCAAGAUGGAGACCACCUCAGUCCAGGACCUGCUGCAGGUCUUCAUCAGACAGAGAUCACCGACCGUCCCUGCUCAAACACCUGAGCUCCAAAAUCAGAGCCACAGGUCCGAUUUCUGUGGCCGAGUACAUGAAGGAGGUUCUGACCAACCCUGUGAUGGGUUAUUAUGUGAGGAACGACAUGUUGGGUCCAGAUGGAGAUUUCAUCACCUCACCUGAAAUCAGCCAGGUGUUUGGAGAGCUGCUGGCGGUUUGGAUCCUGAGCGAGUGGAUGGGAGCGGGUCGACCCAAACGGCUGCAGCUGGUGGAACUGGGCCCGGGAAAAGGCUCGUUGGCUGCCGACAUCCUCAGAGUUUUCGGUCAACUGCAGUCAGUUGUAGGUGGAGCCUCUGUGUCGCUCCACCUGGUGGAGGUGAGUCCCGCUCUAAGUCGGGUCCAGGCUCAGACUCUGACAGGAAUCUGCAACCAGGAGGCCAGCAGCGAGGACGACCCAGUUUACCGCCGUGGUAAAACUGUUGUGGGGCUUCCAGUGUUCUGGUACCGUCGCUUGGAAGAUGUCCCCCCAGACUUCAGCAUCUUUGUUGCUCAUGAGUUUUUUGAUGCUCUGCCCAUCUACAAGUUCCAGAGGACAGAAAAUGGUUGGAGGGAAGUUCUGGUGGACAUCCAUCCUGAUGAUCCAGAGAAGCUGAGGUUUGUUGUGGCACCAAGUCCGACUCUUGCCUCAUCCACACUCAUACAGGCCAAUGAAAGGCGGGCUCAUGUGGAGGUGUGUGCAGAGGGUGGAGUCAUUGUCCAACACCUGGCUCGGCGGAUCGUUGAGGACGGUGGCGCGGCGCUGAUUGCCGACUAUGGCCACGAUGGAACCAAGACUGACACAUUCAGGAGUUUUAAGGGUCACCAGCUCCAUGACGUCCUUGUGGCCCCUGGUUCAGCCGACCUGACUGCUGAUGUGGACUUCAGCUUCCUGAGGAGGAUGGCCGGGGAGGGCGUGGCCUGUUUGGGACCCGUCACUCAGAGGAUGUUCCUGAAGAACAUGGGUAUUGACACGCGUAUGCAGGUUCUUCUGAGGACCUGCAGCAGUUCAUCCACCAGGAAGCAGCUGAUCAGCAGCUACGACAUGCUGACCAACCCUGCCAAGAUGGGUGAACGCUUCCACUUCUUCAGCCUGCUGCAUCCCAGCCGCCUCGCCUCGUCCCACAACCUCGAAGGCCCCAAGCUGGACAGGAAGCAGAGCCCGGCACCGCCGCCCGUUGCUGGUUUCACUGAGCUCUACUUCUCCUGAACCAAACCGGGUCAUGGCUUCAGAAUGGACCAUCAGAAAAAAGAGCAAACGGCUGCUGCUUCUAAACACAAACCCAGGAGAACAUUCAUCCAAAACA